AUGGGAGACUUUAACGAUUUAAGCGUAGAACUGAAAAAAACGGAAUUAAUAAAAGAGGAGUUGAAAAAUCUUAGCCAUAUAAUUCAUAACGAAUUUAAUUUCUUUUGUCAAAAUGAAAACAAGAAUAUAAUAUUCAGUAAUAAUAUUAAGAAUUCUUAUAAUGACGAUAUAUUUUCUACUAGUACAUUAAAUAAUUUAUAUACAUCAUGGAAAUUAGAAGAUUUUUCUCAUUUUGAUUUUAAUAGUAUUUUAGAUAUAUUAAAAAGAAAUCAAUAUGUUAUGUGUAGUAUAUAUUUCCUUAUAAUCUUUUCUUGCUUAUAUUUUUUAACAUUAUUAUUAUAUACAAAAUGUAUAAAAAGAAUGUUAAAAAAAUGGUUCUGUAAAUAUUGUACCUCACAUAUAAGUGAAAAUAGUAGUCAUAAUGAAGACAGAACUUUAUUACAAAGUGUAAUGAAAAAAUCUUGUUAUUUUAUAACAUAUUCAUUUAUAACAUUCCUUUUAUUAUUACUUCUACUUUCUGGAAUUACAUAUAUGCAUUAUUUUAUAAAAACUAAAAGAGGAAUACAUGAUAAUAUUUGUAAUAUAUAUACAAAAAUUGAUGCCUUCUUAUUAAAUAAAUGUACUGAUCCAAACACAGUCGACAUUUCAUGUUAUUCAGCUGAACAUAUAUUAACUGAUGUUGAUUCAAUAUUAAAAGAAUAUAAAAAAAUGAAACUCAGGGCAAAGGACGACUCAUUGCUAGACGAAAACACUCCCUUCCCCCUCCUCGAAAGAUACAUUACAACGUUCAAUAAGCUCAAUAUACUAAAAGAAAACAUAAAUAAAAAUAACGAGGCACUCGAAAACGGAUAUUUUCACACCUAUCCUGCACUCACAGGGAUCAGUGAAACACUAACAACCAUUCUUAAUGAAGGAAAUAAAAAUUUCGACAAUGCUAGAAAGAUUAUUAAAGAAGUUAAAAGUACAAUAAAGUAUUCAUUUCAUACAAUCGAUGAAACAAUAAGAAAUAUAUUUAAUGAUAAUUUACCUAAAUUUACAGAAUUAAUAACAAAAGCUGGAAAUUCUAUUAAAGGAAUAAAUAACAAAUAUAAAAUUAAAGAACGAAUUCCUAAAUAUACAAAUAUUAUUCUAUUAACUAAUAUUGUUUUAUUAUUACCACCAUUAUUAAUAUUAUUAGGUAUCAUAAUAUUUAUGAUUUAUAUUCUUAUAGGAAAUAUUCAAAAAAAUAAUAAUUUCUUUAUUAAAUUAUUUGGUCAUUUCAGUGCUUACUUUGGAUUCCUUACAAUUGUUAUUUUAUCAUUUGGAAUAUUAUUCUUAAGUACAUCAAUUAUAGGAGGAACUACUUGUAUUUUAUCAGAGCGAAUACUAAAAAAUGAAUUACGUUUCGAUAUAUUAAAUAAUACUCUUAUAGAUUAUUGUAUUAAAAAUGAAAACGCACCAUUAAUUGAUGAUAAUAUAACAACAACUCUUGUAAGUAAAAUUAAUUCUUUUGAUACAGGAUCUAUAGAUAAAAAUAUAAACGAAUAUGAAAAACAUUUUACAACUUUAAAAACAUCUUUUUAUGAAAAUUCGCUAAAUUUUAUGGAUUAUAUAUGGGUUGUUAUAGUCAAACAAGACCAUAAUAUGUUUUUAAAUAGAAUAAGAAAUGAAGAAGUCAAGUUAUCAUUAUUAACAACAAGUAUUAUAAACGAAAAUAUUAAAUUUGGAGAUGUAGAAGCUAUGGGUAUCAAAUCCUAUUUAAAUGAGUUAAACCGAAUUAUUUUUCAAGGAAUAAAUGGUAAAAUAUGUUUUAAUGAUAUAGUAUGUGAAAAGGAAGCUAAUACAUAUAAUAUUACUGAGAAUUCAAAAACAGACGAUCAAAAAUAUUUAUCUAUACGUAAUCAAGUAAAUGAUCAAUAUAAAGAUGAUUUAGAUUUAAUUAUCCAACUGUUUGUUUAUAAAGCACGUAUUUUAAAAGAAAAAAUAUUCGAUAUCAACGAUCUUGAUAGUAAUGAAAAAAACAAAAUAGGAUGGAGCGAAUAUACACCCAGAAAUACACAUGGAACCCAAAAAAAAUCAAUCAUUAAUACUUUCCUAAUAAAUGUUAUUGAAAGUAUUAACUUUUCAGAAAUAAUAUAUUUCUUUGAUAAAAUGAAAGAUCAAUUUAAUGUACUUAAAUCAUUAAUUCUAUUAAAAAUUGAUACAUUAACAAAAAAUACAAAUUGUAAUAAAUUUGUAAAAGAACUUAUUGAUGUAAGAAAGGAUUAUUGUAAUAAAAUCGUUUUGAAUUUAUCUACAUUAUCUAUAUAUUUAAUUAUAUUUGCAAUCACUUCCUUUUUAUUAUGGUAUCUAUUUCUAUUCUUGUGGUUCUAUUAUAAUAUUAAACCAUCAUAG